UGUCAUUUAAUUUGAUACGAUAGACCUGACGCCAGGGUUUGACCACACUUUACCACAGAUAUUUUGGACUUUGACGCAUUAGAUACAAUGGCUGAAGAACAGAGCGUCAAAGGCUUCAAAGACACGACCACCCACCUGGACGUUAAGGAUUACUAUGGCAAGAGGCUGAAGAACUCCGCAGACCUGCAGACCAAUGCCUGUGUGACUCCAGCCAAGCCCAUCCCCGCCUUCAUCCGCCAGGCUCUGAGCAAAGUGCAUCCUGAAGUCACUGCCAGGUACUAUGGCUGUGGUCUGGUGGUGCCCGAGUGCCUGGAGGGCUGCAGGAUACUGGACCUGGGCAGUGGAUCUGGGAGGGACUGCUACAUGCUGAGUCAGUUGGUUGGGGAGAAAGGCCAUGUCACUGGCAUUGACAUGACUGAGGACCAGCUUGAACUGGCCAAGACUUACCUGGAACACCACAUGCAGGAGUUUGGCUACAAGAAGCCCAAUGUCAAUUUUGUCCUGGGCUACAUCGAGGCCCUGACAGAAGCAGGACUGGAAAGGAACUCAUUUGAUAUCAUCAUUUCCAACUGUGUGGUGAAUCUUGCUCCAGACAAGAAAAAAGUACUGGCUGAAGCCUAUGAUGUGCUCAAGGAUGGUGGAGAGUUUUACUUUAGUGACGUGUACAGCAGUGCAAGACUAACUGAUGAAAUUAAAAAUCACAAGGUCCUCUGGGGCGAGUGUCUUGGUGGAGCACUGUGGUGGAAGGAUCUGCUGCAAUUGGCUGAAGAAGUCGGGUUCAGCCCCCCACGCUUGGUUACAGCCGCCAUCAUCACUGUUGACAACAAAGAACUGAAAGAGAUUCUGGGUGAUUAUAAAUUCAUUUCUGCCACGUACCGCCUGUUCAAGCUCCCUAAAGGCACCACUGAACCCUGUCAGGUCAUGUACAACGGCGGCAUUACAGGUGUAGAGAGCAGCUUCCAGUUUGACUGCCAGUACACCUUCCAGGCUGAUAAAGUGGUGGAAGUAGAUGGAGAAAUGGCCAAGAUCUUGACCAAGUCCAGAUUUGCAGAGGAUUUCACAUUGCAGCCACCUGGAGGGUCGUCUGAACGCUGUGGGGUCAAAGUUAAGGCGAGCAUUAUGGAUCCUUUUGAGCUGGCCCCUCAGCUGGAGAAACAACAGCCGGGUUCAGCCACUGGGGGUUGCUGCAGCACACAAGCUGCUACCUGCUGCAAGUGAUGGUGGGAAAUGGGAAGAGAGAGGAUCGGGCAUACCUGUUUAUGCUCACUAGCAGGUGUUAAAAUGCACUAUACCCUUAUGACUUGUCAUUGUGUUGUGUGCCAUUAAUUAAAGACUCAGAUUAUACUCAAAUUAUUCAGAUGAUUAUCUUGCAUUAACAAAACGGCAGCUAUCCAUGGAAUUAUUUCAGACCCAAGUAUAUUUUAAUACAUAAAUAAUCCUGAGCAGUGUUAAUUAAUUAAAAUGGUCUGAUUAUUUCGUUUACAGUAUUCAUUUCCCCCAUCUAUCCAUGUCCUGUGUAAUACACUUUGCCUUAACAAAUUACGUUUCUCAGAUUAUUUGACAGAUUGGUUAGAAUAUUUGUAAUACACCUUUGACAUAUUUUUUGUCCACAUAUGAUGCAACUUUAGCUUUGAUGCAAUGUUCAAAUCAAUAUCGAUGUGAUUGUAUAAACUUUUAAACUUUGUUAAAUUUCAAUAAAUACCAGUGAACUGAAUGCGAAUCA